GCUCAGAGAGGGAGAACAGUCAGCAAAUAAUUCAUAUUUUAGGAGCUCAGCAUCAUGUCUUUAUUUAAUGUUUGACCAGAAAUAGCUAUUAUUCCAACUGGAUAUGUUGCGCUCGCCGGAUAUCCCUUUUCCCUCUCUGAUCUGCGCUUAUAUGGGAUGGAAACGGGUUCGUUUGUAGAAUGAGGAUGACAAAGAGGAAAGAACACCGAGACUGGAGAUGGCAGGCGCUUUGGUGGCAUCAUUUCUUUCUUCUAUGGAAUACAAUACAUGGACAAACUCGCUACAGCAUACAAGAGGAGCUGAAACGGGGAUCUGUGGUUGGAAAUCUUGCAAAAGAUCUGGGUUUGGGAUUAUCGGACAUUUUUGAGCGUAAACUACGUGUCCCCUCGGAGGCUGGUGGGCAGCAUUUCAGCGUGGAUGUGGGGAAGGGCGAGUUGGUGGUGAAUGACAGAAUAGACAGAGAGGCUUUAUGUGGACAAAGCGCCAGCUGCAUAUUGCCUCUGCAGGUUGUAAUCGAGGAUCCGCUACAGUUGCAUCGAAUUGAAGUUGAAAUUAAAGAUAUUAAUGACAAUUCUCCAAUUUUCCUUUCAAACGAGAUUUCUUUAUAUAUAGCCGAAUCGGCGGCUGUUGGUACGCGCUUUCCUUUAGAGAGCGCAGGGGACCCUGAUGUUGGGAGCAAUUCACUUAAAUUUUAUACACUCAGUAAAAACGACUGCUUCUCCCUGAAGAUAAAAGAAAUCGAGGGUGGCAAGGCUGCCCCGGAGCUCUAUUUGGAGAAAACUCUUGACCGAGAGAAAACGUCUGUUCACAAAAUAUUGCUGACAGCGUUAGACGGAGGAAAUCCUGUGCGGUCUGGAACUACACAAAUAACUAUAAAUGUUCUUGAUAUUAAUGAUAAUUUUCCGGUGUUUGAGAAAAACUUGUACAAAAUAUCUUUGGGUGAAAAAAGUUUGAAAGGAAUAGUUAUUAUUAAACCCAAAGCGACAGAUGCAGACGAAGGCUCAAACGGUGAAGUUGAAUUUUCAUUUGGGCCUCGCACACCGCCUUCUGUGCUGUCAGCCUUUGAUAUUCACCCUUUAACAGGUGAAAUAACUCUGAAAGGGGAUUUAGACUAUGAGACAGUUAAGUCAUAUGACAUUGAUGUCAUCGCAAAGGACAAAGGCAGUCCUCAAAUGGAAGGCCACUGCCGUGUCCAGGUAGACAUCACUGAUUUUAAUGAUAACGCCCCAGAAAUUGUUUUUACUUCUCAGCCUAAACCUGUGCGCGAAGACGCGCCAAGCGGCACUGUGGUUGCUUUGAUAAGUGCAAAAGACCUUGACUCCGGCGAUAACGGUAAAGUAACUCUACAUCUCGCCAAAGGUCCCCCUUUUAAUCUGAAGCCUUCAUUUUCUAAUAAUUAUGCGCUGGUUACCAGCGGUAAUUUAGACAGAGAGAGGGCAUCUGAUUAUAAUAUUGAGAUAACCGCCACUGAUUCAGGUACUCCACAAAUGUCCAGCACGAAAACUAUUCAUGUCAGCAUCACUGAUGUAAAUGACAACCCUCCUAGUUUUUCUCAGUCGUCCUAUAAUGUGUAUUUAAAAGAAAACGGAUUACCAGGAUCUAUACUUUAUUCAGUAUCAGCAUCUGAUCAGGAUUCUGGUGAAAACGCAAAGAUCUCUUACUCCAUACUGGACUCGAAAGUGCAGGACGUCUCCGUCUCGUCUUAUGUUUACAUUAACUCAGAUAACGGGAGCAUCUACAGCAUGCACUCGUUUGACUACGAGAAGCUGAAAGUGUUUCAGAUUCAGGUUCAGGCAAAGGACCAGGGCUCUCCCUCUCUCAGCAGCAACGCCACUGUCCAUGUUUACAUCCUGGACCAGAACGAUAAUACCCCCGCUGUUAUUUACCCCUCCUCUGCUGCCCUGGGCUCCCUCUCCCAUCAGAGGAUGCCCCGCUCCGCUAAAGCGGGUCACCUGGUUACCAAGGUAACGGCCGUGGACGCUGAUUCGGGCCAUAAUGCCUGGAUCUCAUAUAGACUGGCGGAGGCCACAGACGCCUCUCUGUUCACCGUCAAUCAGUACACAGGAGAGGUGAGGACUAAACGAGCUGUGUACGAGCAGGACGAUUCCUCUCAGAGGCUGCUGAUAGAGAUCAAGGACGACGGGCAACCGGUUCAGUCCGCCACCACCACGGUGUCCAUCCUACUAGAGGACGGUCUCCAUGAACCCAUUUUAGACCUCCGACACAAAAUGUCUGAGCCCAGCAAGAAAACCGGCAGAAUCACCCUUUAUUUGAUUCUGUCUCUGGCCUCAGUGUCCGUGCUGUCUCUGGUGACUUUUCUCAUCCUGGCGGUGAAAUGCAUCAGGGGCAGCAGAAGCAGCGGGAGCUGCUGCAUGAGAAGGAGCGACUGUGAUGAUUACAAGAACCCCAGCAGAAACCUGCAGAUUCAGCUCAACACUGAUGGACCUAUAAAAUACGUGGAGGUCCUGGGAGGAGACAUGAUGUCUCAGAGUCAGUCGUUCAGGUCCUGCAUGUCUCCGAUGUCAGAGUACAGUGAUUUCACAUUGAUCAAACCCAGCAGCACCACAGACUUUAAAGAAGUCAUCAGUGUUCUGGACGCGUCUUUACCCGACAGCACCUGGACCUUUGAGAGCCAGCAGGUGAGCUAA